AUGGCAGCUUCUACAUUUCUUCUAGGCCAUACGCAGAAACUCACACUUCCUUUCUCAAAAUUCACUUCCACACAUAAACCAACUCUUAGAUCUCAAAACCUUUUUCUUGGUUUCCUCUCCAAUAGCGGUCAAAGCGGCCGUUUGUUCAUCAGAUCACCAACCACGAUGGCCAAAAAAAACAACAAAAGUGAUUGUCAAGAAAAUAAAAAGCCGUUAACGCCGUUAAAAAUGGCGGCGGGUGCAUCCCUUGCACUUGCUUGUGCCUUAAGUAUCUUCGGCUUUAAGAUAAAGAAUAUGAGCUAUGCUGCCGCCGCAGCUGUGCAUCCAAGCGCCGCCGACAUGAUCAUAUCCGGGAAGCCAACCGCAGCCGUAUCAGCGUCUUCCGGGAUGUAUCCUUUGCCGGCUAAGUACGCAUUGCGGUCUCUCUUUGAAGUGAGCUCAAUGCUUGCUUCUGCUAAACCCAUUCCUUCUCAAAAACCAUUCAAUCUUCACAAACUCCCUUCUUUGCCUUCCAAGGAAGAUAUUGAAUCCAUCAAGAUGGAGGCGGUGCGGAGAAUGAAGGAUGGAAAAUGCGAGGAGGCCGUGCAGCUCCUUCGCGACGCAAACAUGAGAUACAAAAACGAGCCAGAGGCCGACUUCAACGUGCAGAUGGCUCUUGUUGAGAUUUUAAUAUUGCUGGAAAGGUAUCAAGAAGCUGCUGAGUAUAGUUGUCUAAAUGAUGAGAAUAUCCAGAUUUCUGAUGUUCGGAUCCCUCUUUAUAAGGCAAUUAUAUACACGAUGCUAGACAAAGAUACGGAAGCCAAGCAAUGUUGGAAAGAGUUCAGAAAAUCUAUUGGUGAAGGAUUUGACCCUUUCAGUUUCGAAGAGUGAUUGAUUAUUCCAUUUAAUUUGGACAAAGAGUGAUUAACUAGAUAUCAAUCAUUCAAAGCCUAUUGUCGCCCCAAAAACACUUAUUUCUUUUA